AUGGCAUCACAAUUACCCUUUGAAUUAUUGAUCGAAAUUUGUAGUUAUUUAUCACCAAUUGAUCUUUACUCACUUUCGAUGAUAUGUAAACGUUAUCGAAAACUUUUAUGGUCAAAUAAAUCCGCGACGACACAAUCAAUUUGGCGUACUGCAAGACAUAAAUUUGUGCCACAUCUCACAUUACAACCACCGGAUGAUAUGUCGGAACAACAAUUCAUUUAUAUGAUGGUAUUAAUACAGCGAUGCAUGUUUUGUGAAGAAGAAGAUAGGUGGAAAUUGGCGAUGCAUUUUGAAUUUCGAAUGUAUUGUUGUCAACGAUGUUUAGCUGAACGAACUGUUAGUCGUGAUACAUUAAUUAAAGAAUGGGAACUACCUACUUAUCUUUUACCAUGUAUGCAACCAUUAACAGCUAACGCACAAAGACCUCAAUUAUUUCUAAUGAAAGAAGUAAAAUUAUUAUUAAAUAAUUAUAAUAAAUUAACUGGUGACAAAGAAAGGAAAAUUUGGAUUACUGAAAAAUCUCAAAGAAUGGCAAAAUUAAAGGAUACCAAUCGAGAAUAUAACGUUCAACAUGAUAUUGGAAGAUAUGAUCAUUAUGAAAGGUUGGAAAGAUUAUUUCGAACAUUACAUAUGAGUACUGAUUAUCCAUACAUAUUUCGCGGGGGAAGAUGUACGAGUAGAGAGAUUUGGUAA